CCCACCCCUACCGCCCUACGCCGCACCGUUCCAUGGAGAUGGAGGAUCUCGCCGGAGCCAUCAGGGACCUGGCCGCCCUCUCCACGCGGCUCCUGCUUCAACUCAGCGGCGACGGCGAGAAACGCAACCUGGCCAUCUCCCCGCUGUCUAUCCACUCCGUGCUCGUCCUUCUCGCUGCCGGUGCCACGGGCGACACCCUCGACCAGAUCGUCUCCUUCCUGGGCCUCUCCGGCGGCGCUGCGCAUGCGGCCCUCGCCUCGGAGGUGGCCACCCUUGUAUUCGGGAGGGCCGAUGGCGUGGAGCCCCAAAUCCGGUGCGCAGUAGGCGUUUGGGUGGACGCGUCGCUCCGGCUGAGGCCCGCCUUCGCCGACAAGGUCGCCUCCAAGUUCAAGGCCGCGGUGCGAGCCACAUUCAGAGAGAAUGUGGAAGAGGCGAGGGUUGAGAUCAACCGCUGGUUUGAGGACAAGACAGGCGGCUUCAUCAAGGACCUCAUGCCAGAAGGCCACCUCGACGCCAUCUCGACGGUCCUUGUCAUCGGCAACGCGCUCUAUAUGAGGGGCACAUGGCUAGAUCCGUUCAUUCCUUACAACACACUGGACGACGACUUCUUCUUGCCCGACGCCGACGGGAGCCGUGUGCGCGUGCCGUUCAUGACGAGCACAAACGAUCAGCGAAUCAGCUGCCAUCCCGGCUUCAAAGUCCUGCUGCUGCCCUACGAGAGCAAAGGCAACCACGAGUUCAGCAUGCACAUCUACCUCCCCGACGAGCGCGACGGCCUGCAGGCCCUGGUGCGCGAGAUCAGCUCCUCCGGCACUGCCGUGUUCGUGGCCCGCUGCGUCCCGGCGGCACGAGGCGUCGAGGUGGGGAACCUCACGAUCCCAAAGUUCAAGGUGUCAUCAAAGAUGGACGCGGGGGAUGUGCUGCAAGGUCUUGGCCUGGAGCUGCCGUUCCGCUUCACGCACGACUGGUCGGAGAUGAUUGAGUUGGCGGAGCCUCUAAAGGUGCAGAAUGUGCUCCACGAGUGCGUCGUGGAGGUGGACGAGGAUGGAACCAUGGCCGCUGCGGCCACUGAAGCUGACUGUGAUGUUUUUUUUUUUUGUUUGAGAAAGACUGUGAUGUUGGGUUUUCUCUGUACGGAGAGGAACCGGCUCGCGUGGACUUCGUGGCGGAUCAUCCGUUCCUGGUCCUCAUCAGGGAGGACAAGAGCGGCAUUCUGCUUUGAGUCAAUUACACCACAGGUGCUAGAACUUGGCACGAAUAAUCACUUUAGUGCUAGAACUUGUGUCCCACUGGUUGCAACAUCCAUGUCGUUGUUCCCAGCACGCCCCAUAACAUCUGUCAAAUGCAUUCAAGAAUGGAACAUUGAGGAUAAGGUAUUUGGGAUCACAUUGGAUAAUGCAACAUCUAAUAAUUCAGUGGCAGCAGGAUUGAAGUGCAAUUUUGUGGCCGAGAAUGCUCUUUCGAACACCCAUCCAGGAUGUUUCGCCGUGCUCGAAAUGUGGCGCAGCACCAGCCACGAGAGGUGGUCACACUUGAUGAUAGGCAGCGACGAGCCUACGAGCUUCUGUGUGAGUGUUGAGCCCGGCCGACGAGCAUACGCGGUUGUACCUGCAGGCGGGUGUUAUGGGAGCGCCAAGAGGAGGGGGACAUACUGA